UCGUUCAUUAAAAAAUUUGAGCCAUGGCUAAUAGAACGGUAAAAGAUGCUAAUAGUAUACAUGGAACAAAUCCUCAGUAUCUUGUCGAGAAGAUUAUACGGACACGUAUUUAUGAGUCCAAAUACUGGAAAGAGGAAUGCUUUGGACUUACAGCUGAGCUUGUCGUGGACAAAGCAAUGGAGCUGAAGUACGUUGGUGGGGUAUAUGGAGGAAACAUCAAGCCAACUCCAUUCUUAUGUCUGACCCUAAAGAUGCUGCAGAUCCAGCCUGAAAAGGACAUUAUUGUGGAAUUCAUCAAGAAUGAAGACUUCAAGUAUGUCCGUUUGCUUGGAGCGAUGUAUAUGCGCCUGACUGGAACUUCUGUGGAUUGCUACAAGUAUUUAGAGCCGUUAUACAAUGACUACAGAAAAAUCAAAAGCCAGAACAGAAAUGGGGAGUUUGAAUUGAUGCACGUUGAUGAGUUUAUAGAUGAGCUGCUUAAUGCAGAGCGAGUGUGUGACGUCAUCCUCCCUAGACUUCAGAAGAGACAGGUUUUGGAGGAAGCUGAGCUGCUGGAUACUCGUAUUAGUGCUCUGGAAGAAGAUCUAGAUGAGGUGGAGACCAGUGAGGAGGAGGAUGAGGAAGAAGAGAAGCCAGAGAGAGUGCAGACACCAGAGCCACACAGAAGAAAUUAUAGAGAUAUGGACCGGCCACGCAGGUCUCCUUCUCCACGCUACAGACGCAGCCGCUCACCCAGAAGGCGGAGCAGAUCACCUAAAAAACGAAGUCCAUCACCCAGACGUGAUCGAGAUCGGGACCGUCACCGCAGCAAAAGUCCCCGUAGACACCGCAGCAGAUCCAGGGACAGAAGGCAUCGCUCCAAAUCUCCAGGUCACCACAGAAGUCACAGGCAUCGCAGUCACUCCAAGUCCCCAGAAAGUCGGUCAAAGAAGAGUCACAAGAGAAGUCGAAGAGGAAACGAGUGAUCUGGUUUCCGUGGGGAUUUUUUUUUGUUGUUGAUAUUUUUGUGCUCUGUAAUAUGUGGAGAAACGGAGCAAUUUCUGUUGUAAAAAGCUUGAUCAUAUUCUGUGUAAAUUGCCCAAGCUAAAUUUUGUCCUCAUAAGUUUUUGAUGCUGUUUUAUACUUAUAAUUGAAAUUUACAACCAGAAAUUGCUG